CUGAAGAGACAACUCUCCUCGCCUCUGCUCGCCGCUCAGUCGGUUCAGACAGUCGCUCGCUCGCACGCACGCUCUUUUCGCCGGCGCCCAUCAGCUGGAUUUCACCUCCUCAGAGCUCGUUAAUUAGCGCUCAGUACGUGAAGAUACAGAAACACAAAUCCAAAACGAACAGCUCCGUUUGCACAUCGUCUGAAGCUCGGCUGAGGGAGAUUUACAACAAGUCCUCGGGGACAUACCAAUGUUUAAUGGUCUCUCCCUCCUGUGGUCUUUGGAGUCCUCGCAAUCAUAGAUCCAACAGGAAAAUUGUCAUCAUGGAAACCUCCUGCCUCCACGCUGUGCUCCUCCACUCCCCCUGCAGAGGCUGUUACUGCUGAGAAGGGGCACUGAGACUGAGACAGGCUGAUCUGUGAAGACAUAAGUCACCCAAACCAUGUAGUGUACCUCUCUGCAAGAAGGGGGGAGGGUCUACAUUUGAGCCGGAUUUAUUUUCUAUUUAUUUAUAUUUAUGAGAUCUCUGUAGCAGAUUUGUUUUUGCUUGCUUAAAGUGUGUAUGUGGGUGGCUGCAGAACGUGUGAGGAGAAAGUGACAGAGAGGAAGAAAGAGAGAAAAUAGAAGAGGAGAGAUGGUCCUCCACAUCACCCCGUACUCCGGUGCCUGUCUGCACUUUCUGGAUGGCUUGUCAUGGAGCCUGGUUUUUCCUUGUUACUGGCUUCUGGACCGGCUCCUGGCAUCCUGUGUGCCCACGUCGCUGGAGAAGCGACAGCGCUCUCAGGACCCCUGCUCCUUCCUAACCCUGUGUGUCCUGAUCUCUGCACCUCUGUACCUGCUACUCCUCUUCGCCUCCCUGCCCUUUGCUCUGCUGGGCUUCAUCAUCUGGGCUCCCCUGCAGGCAGUCCGCCAGCCUUACCUGUACACCUACCGCAGACCAGACAAACACCAGGCUGAGGAGGGCCAAGCUGGACCAGGUGGUGUUGGAAUUGGAGAAUGGAGGCCACAGGGAAGAAGCUUCUGUUUCUGCAGUGCCAACGUAUGCCUGCUGCCUGACUCCCUGGCCAGAUUCAACAACCUGUCAGACACCCACAGGAGAGCCCGGGAGGUAGGGAAGAGGAUCCGCAAUGGUGCCAGUCGGCCUCAGAUUAAAAUCUACAUUGACUCACCUACCAACACUUCUAUCAGUGCGGUAUCCUUUAGUAGCCUUGCUACAGGUUUCCGUCGUACCUCCUCUCUGGACCAGCGUCCAGACCACACCCACACCACCAAUGGCCCAGCAGACACAGAAACUGAACCCCUCACAGAGUGCCCAAUUCAUCCCCCAGGUGCCAUCGAUUGCCCCGUUCACUCCUCUUCUGCAGGAGACCAUGGCUCAUCUGACUGCCCCCUUCAUUCAGACGGGGCAGACACCACAAAAGACUGCCCCCUUCAUACUGCAGAGAGUAAUGGUGCCUCAGACUGUCCAGUCCACACCACAGGGGAGGCUCAUGACUGCCCCUUGCAUUCCAAUGGGGCUCAGAAUGCCCAAAGCCAUCAUGACUGUCCCAUGCAUGGGGAAGCAGUUCAGCCAAAACCAUCCCCAGAUUGCCCACUUCACACCUCAGGGGUUAAAAUCAGCAUCAGUGCCCCAGAACCAGACCCCCAGGAAGAGGAGACUGAAACAGGAAACCAUCGGACAGGUGAGCAGGCAAUGGGAGACACAGGCAGCAUGACUGCUUCCAGGGAAUCCCUCGCCCGCUACCAUGCAGGAGACGGCGGCAUAGGGAUAUCCUCCAACAAUACACUCUCUCAUGUUCCUCGCACGUCAGUCUUAAAGCGUCCUGGACGCAAACGCCGACAUGGAGAUGAGACGUUCGACCAUGAAAUCUCUGCCUUUUUCCCUGCCAAUUUGGAUUUCCUGGCUCUACAGGAAGUGUUUGACCACGGAUCAGUAACUAGACUGCGACGACAGUUGCAUCGCUACUUUCCCUACGUACUGAGUGAUGUUGGCCGGUACGGAUGGAAAGGCUGUUGCUCAAGGUUCAAAUUCCUGAACAGUGGGCUGAUUCUGGCUAGCCGCUAUCCUAUCAUCGAUGCACGGUACGAGUGCUACCCCAACGGAAGGGGAGAGGACGCACUCGCAGCAAAGGGGGUGUUGUUUGCCAAGGUCCAUGUUGGCACCUCCCAUCAGGAGCAAAGGGUUGUGGGAUAUCUCACGUGUACGCAUCUCCAUGCCAUUGAAGGUGAUGCAUCAGUACGUUGUGAGCAGCUCGACCUGCUGCUCCAAUGGGGGGCUGAGUUUCGCCAAACCUCAUCCCAAUCACCUGAAGGAGAGAAGGUUCUGGAAGACCUGGUGGCAUUUGAUGUCAUCCUGGGAGACCUCAACUUUGAUAACUGCUCCUCAGAGGACAAGCUGGAGCAGCAGCAUGCACUUUUUACUCAGUACAAGGACCCAUGUCGCCUGGGGCCAGGGGAGGACAAACCGUGGGCUCUGGGUACUUUGCUGGAUCCCAGUGGCCUUUAUGACGACGAGGUCAGUUCACCUGAAAGUUUACAAAAAGUGAUGGAGAAUGAGGAGGGGAGGAAGGAGUACUUGGUGUUUCCUCCUAGUAAAAGCCAGUGUCCAGCCAACAGUCAGAAAGGGAGAAAGAUCCCACUGAAGGGCAAUGGACGCAGGAUUGACUACAUCCUCUACAGUGAUGAGCACCUGCAGCAGGACUGGAAACAGGAAGUGGAGGAGUUCAGUUUUGUCACCCAGUUGGCCGGCAUCACUGACCACCUGUCUGUGGCCAUGCGAAUGGCCGUCAGCACCGGGGAAGAGGAGCCUUAGAUUGACAACCAGAGCGUUGUUUUUAAAUACUGCCAUGGAAAAAAAAUGACUGAAGAAAAGAAGCAGAGAUCAAGAGUUUACCGAUAUGGAGCUGCUUUGAGAAGGACAUAAUGCAAAUCUGCAUGAGGAUUGAAGGGACAGUGAAACGGACAAAUGAAUCAUUGGAGGAGCGCUCAGUGGAUAAAUGAAUAUAGAGAAGGAGAAGGAGAGCAGCAUCAGUGGAGUGAUAUGAUGAGGAAAAAACUCUUGGGAGGAAAGAUAAGCAGGAGAAUUGAGUUUAAACAACCAGUGAGGUAUUCACCGUGAUGGGUAAACGGCCCACAAACACACACAAUACCUAACACACAAACAAUUUACCAACAUUUAUACAGUUGAAUAUCACCUGGCCUCUCCACUCUCCUCUUCACAAACUGUCGGUAUGAACAUAGAGGGUUUUAUUUACAGUCAUGUAGCCAUUUUAAACACACUCCUUCUAUUGGAUUUGUUUUAGCAUAGAAGUGUAAGUUAGAUUUUUUUUAUAUAUAUAUAUAUUCCUUCAGGGACAGUUGGAUCCUCAUUCUUUAGUGUUGAAAAAGGACCAGUAAUGAGGAGAAUGACGCAUACAUGCCACUGACUGGCCUUUACACUGACCUCAUGUGUCCUUGUGUUGUGCUCCUUCCUGAAAGGCCAUUGUUCUGCUGUCAUUCAACCUUGCUACACCCAUGUCAGUCCCAGGAACCUCAACAAGUGUCUUUUUUUUCUAAAGAAAAAGAAAUAGACUUUCUUAAAGGAGAAGAAUAAAAUGAUACAAUUUC